AUGGCUUCGGAAGAGCGUGCCGUGCAAGUGACACGGGGCUCCCCACCGCGCGCCUCCACGGUCCGAGUGCUGCGGCAAAGCCCUGCGCCGGAGGAUGUGUUGGUACGUGUGCAGGCGGCUGCACUAACUCCUACAGAUGUUCUUCUUUGCCAGCGUGCUCUGAUUGUGCCCAAAGCAGACCAGUCAGACGCCGCGACUUUUGUCCCGGGGACAUUCUUUGUUGGGAAGGUCUUAGCCUUCGGCGAUCUGGUUCAGGGUCUGCGCAUUGGCGAGCAAGUGCUUGGCGUUGCAGAUCCCUCACCACAGGCUUUGCAUCGCAGCAGCUCACGCGACGCUUUGCGGGAGUCAGCUUUGUCAGAAGAGGGCGGGUGCUAUCGCGAAACAGUGUGCACUCAUUUUUCAACAUUGCUUCCACUGGAGGUGGACGCCAAGAUGCCCCUCACUGCUCUGGUGGCCCAUGUGCCACCCAUGAUUAGUGCUUUGAUGUGCGCGGCCUCUUUGAGGCUAAGGCCCACAGAGUCCCUAUUGCUCAUCGUGCCCUCUCUGGACGAUGUGGCCUUCCUUCUGCAGCGGCUGCUCGUUGGUGUUUGGCACGGGCCUUUACACCUGGUCCUCCUCUCUGGGCCUGCGCCUUCGCGACAAGAUCUCCAGCAGCACCCAUUGUUGCAGCCACUGGUUCCUUCUGGAGGGAGAAGCUUCCUGGACGACAUGACAAGUGUCUCCGUCCAGGACCGCCUGGAGGGCCUAGCGCAAGCUCGGACGCAGGUGGCAGUAGCAUUGGCGGAGAUCGUGUCCGAGGUCCUGACAAGCACUGGGGGGCUAGGCGUGGAGGCAGUUCUGGCUCUGGAUGUGGACUUGUGCCCAGAGAAGGACUUGGUUCCUGAGCUGUCUGGGGACCUUGGUGCUGCAUGUGUGGCCCUGGAGCCAUGCGAGCGCCCUCCAGCACUUUUGCGAACCCUUAUUGGGGCUCUCUCCUUGAGGGGCCGGCUGUUGACGAGCUGUGAGAGGCUAGAGCUUUCACCAGACGACGGUCAACACCUCUGGGCAAAGGAGUGCUCCCUGGCCUUCGUGAACCCACAUUGCCUGCCACUUUCUGGGAACCGUCAUGGUGAGUUGCUUCAUGCCGCCGUGGAGAUUUGCGCAAAGAUCAUGGCAGGUGAGCUUGCCGUGGCCGAGUCCGAGGUUGCUCAAUUCUAUUUGUUUGACCAAUUCCAGCAAGCCCUGGACGUCAUGAGUGCCAAGAAAGAGCGGCGCGGGGUGCGCAAGUACAGCAGCGUGGGUGCCGGUAAUCGAAGUGCUUUGCUGGUUACGCUCGUUCUGUGA